UUCAGCCUUUAGCGAGCUGUGGCAUUUGGCUUUUUUCUCGAUUGACAGUAUGAUUUAACUGAUCACGUAUUCGACCGUAGCAAAUCGUGUAAGUCCUCGUUACAAGUUACGCCGUUAACAAGGAUGGUGCGCCGAUCUGCCCUCGUAUACGACUUUCUCCGUACCGAGCAGCUACCCGAUGGUUUUUCCCAGAAAGAGAUUGUGACGCACAUCAGCAGCAAAUAUGACAUCGUGGCCGGCAAAACUCUUCAGAAAGACGUCGCCGUCGCCUUACGCCGCGGCCUGGACUUCGGUAUACUUGCUAAGAAGGGAAACAAAUUCAGGUUUGAUCCCAACUUUCAUCAAACUGCAAACUUGAAACGCAAUAUCGCCAGGAGGAAUACAGAGACAAAGAAGAGAAAGAGAAACAGCAAGAAAAAGGCAACCGGCAACAAAUCGACCGCAGCCAAAGGCCAACGACGCCAACGACGAAGAUCCCCGACCCGCGACAGAGCUCGCAAACAAUCGAGCUCGGUACCGCGACCUAAAUUGCCUAGACCACCUUCAUGGUCGCCGAAAAGAAGAUAUCUCGCCGAGGAGCCUAUACCGAAAGUUAAGCAUGAUUCCUAA